GGAUUUAUCAUCGCUUCGUUUAGCGCCUCCCGCCUCUCUCACCUGUCCAUAACCCGUGCGCGCCUGUGGAAGUGUGUAUAUCCUUGUGUAUAUUUGUGUGUGUGUGUGUGUGUACGUGCGCGGAUGCGUGUGCUUGGUUUGUUGUCCGCCAGAGGGAGUGUAGGUUAUAUUGCUUGUGUAUGCAUUUGAGUGUUGUGCCAGAUUUUAAUUAGUAGUGGCUACGUGACAGUGAGUGAUUGUGUCUGCUUGUGGGCGUUUGUGUGUGAGUUCGUGUGUUACAUUUGUGCAUGUAGAUACAGUAUAUAGUCAAGGCAUUGUGCCUGUGUACUAGCUUAAGAUGCCCAGCUUUUCUUUUGCACCACAUCCCCUUCCUAGUGCGUGUCCUUGUGUUGUUUGGCCACCUGUUUGACCUCCCGUACAUAUUAAAGAGACCCAAACCUCCAGCAGGAUGAGUGAGCGCUCUGGUGCAAGCACUCUGGCAGCCAUGACGCUGGAGGAGCCAGGGGCUGAACAGGCAUCUCCCCGAGCCCCAGGCCCGCUCCGCUGUGGCCCUUGUGCUGUGUGGCCUCGCCAGCAGACAUGGCUGUGUGCCGUUCCCCUGGUAAUGGGCUUUGUGGGUCUGGGACUCAGUCUCAUGCUGCUGAAAUGGAUUGUGGUGGGAUCUGUACAAGACUAUGUCCCCACUGAUCUGGUGGAUCCUAAAGGUAGCAUUGGACAGGACCCUAUAUUUCUCUCUAAACCCAGUGCCAUGCCCAAGGGGCCCGACAUUUCCACCGCCACCACUACUUCAACUGCCUCUACCACAACAAUAGUGUCGACUACCAUGCCACUAGCUGCGGAUGGUACUGCCCCAUCGCCAAGAACUCGAAUUGGGCCACCAGCAAACCACUCAGCCAAUGGCAGCACUGCCAAUGGAGAUGGCAACCGCGCACCACACCUUCACAAUCGCGUUGGCACCCGCAUUAGUGGAACUGUGGUCACCUCCUCCACCACUCGCGCCACCCGACUCACCCCACCACCCAGCGGUAAGGAGGUCGACCCUCGCAGCACUGUUAGAAAAGGAAGCACUAGUAAUGGACAUAAUGGGGCUGGCAACUCAAAGCCAGGGCAGACUUCUGCUACCGUCGCCAGCACAGCAUCCACUUCAUCCACCGCUACUGUGAGGACCAACUCCAAGGUGCAGCCGACCACCUCCCAACCAGCACCACCGAUAAAACCCACGUCGCGCUGGAGCCACGGGCGCCCCGGCAAAGGCCCAGCCACACGCCCACACCACCGUUUCCGAACACCAGUGGCCCCCACGCUCCCCAGUCCACGUUCGGAAGUCUUCAAGCCUUGUGUGGAAGAUAAGGACCUGGCCUUCUGUCUGAACGAGGGUGAAUGCUCAAUCAUUGAAACGGUGGCCGGGGUUCACAGGCACUGCAGGUGUAAGGAGGGCUACCACGGACUCCGCUGCGACCAGUUUGUACCCAAGACAGACGCUAUCCUGUCAGACCCGAUGGAUGAACUUGGGAUCGAGUUCAUGGAGAGCGGUGACACCUACCAGCGGCAGGUGCUGUCCAUCUUCAGCAUCGCCUCGGGGAUCUGUCUGCUCGGAGUGGCGUGUAUGGCUCUCUACCGCCGCAACAAGAGACACAGGGAAAAACUCCAGGCUCAUUUCUCCGAUAGCCGCAGCCUGAGGGACUGCAGUGUCCACGCCUCUGGCCUCAUGUCCAAAUCCACUCCCAGGCUUCAAUACAGCCUGCAACUCCAAAAGAGCUGCAGUUCUCAUGGAUCAUCUGUUAAGGGCGGCAGCGUAGCCCCAGGCACAUCCACGGCGUCCCCUCCUCUUCUCAGCAGAGCGCUGUCCAAAGGGAAACGCUUCAGGAGUAGCUCCCUGUCUCUUAGUCCUGCCCAACAACGGAGGGAGAAUCAUUUUUUCAGGACCCCCCCCAUUUCCAGAGGGAAACACAAGAUAACAACAAACCUCCUCGAUGGAUCCCGAGUGGUCGGACAUGUCUACAAACACUUGCAGGAGGAUGAGUCAACAGACAUGGAGUCUUUAAGAAGGUGUGAUUCUGCCAGUGGAAGGGUCGGCGCCCUCCUCAGCAGGACCUCACUCUCCCAAUUUGCAGCCAAAAAAGGAUGGACCGAGGUUCCCUGCACCCGCCUGGAUAAGGGAACAACUUUCCUACCACCUUCCCUUCGCACCCGCUCCGUGCCCAUCAUCCCCUCCCUCCAAGCGACUGACCCUGAAGCGGGGCGUGUGGAUUCGAGCGAGCGGAACCAAGGCGGGCUCCUCAAGUGGCAUCCUGUGCUGGCUGGAAAGACAGCAGUGCCCAUUAGCAAUUCUCCCUCUCUCCCCUGUGAGACUGUGGUGCUGCCGCCUGGUGUUAUGCCCAGCAGUGUUAGCCCUCCUGCCACCGCCGCGGCUCCGCUUGGUCCAUGGAGGAAUCCCAGCUCUGCACAAACACCCUGCUCCGCUGAAAUUACAGUGGAACUCGUGCAGGAAUUAAAACAGAAAAGCCUUUCCAGCUCCGUGAAAAUGUCUGGCUCUCACAACGAGAUCCAACACGGUGGCAGAAACACUCUCGAGACUGGAAGUGUGCAGGAGUCGGAAUGGAAAAGCGUCCAAUAUUCAGCCAGAGCUCUGCACACAGGCAGCGGGACCAGAGGAUGGAAGGCAGCAGGCCAAAGAGAAGCCCAGGGGCAGUGCCAAGGUCAGACAUCUCUCAUGUACGGAGGCGCAAACUGCUCCUUGGCCACCAGAGGACCCAGCUGCAGAGGAACUGGAAACGCUUAUGCCAAGCCCUCCACGAGCUGAUCGGAUUAACUCUGUAAAGGCUUCAUAGACACUGUUUCCAAUAACUGUAUACCUUUGCUGGUGGCACAGGAUGGUUAGCAGGUGGGACUAUCUGUGUGGCCACGCGGACCAAUAACAGAUUGCAGUCGAUCUUGAAGGAAUGUGCACAGAUUGAACUGCAGAGGGACAGACACAAACAAAAAGACAUAUAAUUACAAAGACAAAGAGACAAAUCAACACACAGUGUGAAUAAAUGUGACUCAAUAAGGAAAAACAAAUCCGUGACUGGAGUGGGAGCUUGAUAGUGUAUUGGAAAAAAAAAAAAAUGCCACUAUUUA